AUGGCUGGCGGCUGCAUUGAAAAGUCUUCUUUGGAUCAGAAGCUUGACCUCACCGUCGCCGACGCUGAGACCGGUCCUACUCCUGACGGCGAGGAGCCCAACGAGCAUGAGAAGCAAACUCUGCGUCGUGUUGGAGAGAACCUUCCUGCUUCCGCUUUCUUGAUCGCCAUUGUGGAGUUGACUGAGCGAUUCACCUACUACGGAGCACAGGGUCUGUUCCAAAACUAUGUCUCCAACGCCAGAGAUGGUAGUGAUGGCAGCAAGGGCUUGGGUAUGGGUGCCCAGGCCGCUACUGGUCUUAACCUUUUCUUCCAGUGGUUCUGCUACGUGACUCCUAUUCUUGGCGCCAUCAUCUCCGAUCAGUAUCUUGGCAAGUACAAGACCAUUCUCAUCUUCUGCGGCAUCUACUGGAUCGGUCUUCUUAUCCUUUGGGUCACAUCUCUUCCGGUUUCGAUUGAGAACGGCGCUGGUCUCGGUGGUUAUGUCACCGCUCUAGUUGUCAUUGGCUUUGGUACCGGUGGCAUCAAGUCCAACAUCGCCCCUCUGAUUGCUGAUCAGUACCAACGACGAACCAUGGCCAUCAAGACUGAACCUUCUGGUGAGCGUGUUGUCAUUGACCCCGCCAUCACCUACCAGCGAAUCUACAUGAUGUUCUACUGGUGUAUCAAUGUUGGUGCCCUCUCUUUGAUGGCUACACCUUUCAUGGAGAUGUACAAGGGAUUCUGGACUGCGUUCCUUCUUUGCUUCUGCAUGUUCAAUGUUGGUAUUGCUAUCCUCAUCCUUCGCCGCAAGUCCUACGUUGUUCGCCCUCCCCAGGGACAGGUCAUCACCGACGCUUUCAGGGCCAUUAGUAUGAUGGUUACCACUCGCACACUGGAAGGCGCUAAGCCUUCGUGGCGCGCUGAGCAUGGCAAGUCUGGUAAGGUCACCUGGGACGACCACUUUGUUGAUGAACUCAAGCGUGCUCUGAGGGCUUGCAAGGUCUUCGUUUUCUAUCCUAUUUCCUGGGUUUGCUAUGGACAGUUCUCCAGCAACUUCAUCACUCAGGCUAGCCAGAUGCAGGCCCACGGCAUGCCCAACGACUUCAUGCAGAACUUUGACCCCCUUUCCAUUUUGAUCUUCACUCCCAUUCUGGAGAAGAUUCUUUACCCCAUUCUGCGCAAACGCGGUCAUGAGCUCCGCCCCAUUGUCCGAAUUACCAUUGGUUUCUGGCUUGCUGCCUUGUGCUUGGCUUACGCCGCUAUCGUGCAGAAGCUGAUUUACAGUGCUGGACCCUGCUACGAUAGCCCUCGCAACUGUCCUGCUGGUGUUGGCUCCGAUGGCAAGAACCUUCCCAACAACGUUCACGUUGCUGUCCAGAUCCCUGGCUAUGUCUUUAUUGGUGUCUCUGAGAUCUUCAUCUCCGUCACCGGUUUCGAAUAUGCCUACACCAAAGCUCCCCCCAGCAUGAAGUCUUUCGUCCAGUCUCUGUAUCUCUUCACCAUUGCUUUCGGCUCAGCCAUCUCUGAGGGUCUCGUCCCAGUCGCCAGGGAUCCCAAGUACAUCUGGGUGUACACCGGUGUUGGCGUCUCUGCCUUCAUCACUGGUUGCUUGUUCUGGUUCCUGUUCCACCACUACGAUGCUCAGGAAGAGGCCAUGUAUGCUCUCGAUCGCGACGUACCUGUCCUGACUCUCCCAGGUCAAGAACAGGCAGAGGUCCCAAAGAAGAAGGAACUUGAUGCCAACUAG